AUGAAGGUCAGAAUCAAGAAAUGGAACGCGGUGGCUACAUGGCGCUGGGAUAUUCCCGACGACGAUGUUUGCGGUAUCUGUCAGGUCCAUUUCGAUGGCACAUGUCCGACGUGCAAAUACCCUGGAGAUGACUGCAGUUUGCUCUCUGGGAAAUGCGGCCACAACUUCCACAUGCAUUGUAUUGUGGAAUGGAUCAAACAGGAUUCUUCAAAAGGACAAUGCCCGAUGUGCAGACAGAAAUUUGAAUGGACUGAUAAUCCAGCCAUGGACACACCGAACGGACCCUCCAGUCCUGCCGAAUGA